AAUAACCAAAACAAUAAAUGGUUGCUGGAGUUAAAGUGUUUGGAUCCCUUUUCCUCAGUUUUUCCAUACAAACUUAUCGGUGACCAUGGGUAACGAAAUGUGCGUCCCCGGCUUCCCCCAAAUAGUCCGUGGAGUUUGUAACUCGGAGGCGUGGUCAAUCGCCUUUAUGACGUCAUAGUUAGGCACAAUAGACUGGGUAUAAAUAGGGGCAGCUCGGUUAUUAUGCCAUUAUUAUUCAGUUGCAAGUGGAACGCAGAUACACUGUAGCCAUCGAAGUUUACUAUGGAGAAUCAAAAGGUAAGUCUAUACAUAAUAUGCUAUAAGAGGUAGAAUCCCAAAGCAGCAUUGAUUCUGAUUAUGGCUGGGGUCUAUGCAAGGUGCCAAAAUAAGCAACCUAUUAUUUUUAAAUCUUUCUCAAAACAUGUUGAUGGAGAAAUCCCGACGUACCUGGCCGCUAGCAUUCUCUUUAAUUUCCUGGUUGCAUUUAUUGCUCGCUUUUCCUUAUAUGAUUUGCUACCUACGUCCUUACCUUAAUUCCUAACUUCCUUAGUCCCUUUCCUAGUUCCCUUUAUUGCCUUAUUUCAUUUUCUGCUUCCUUAGCUUCAAGUUUCAGUGGGCCAUGCUACAGCUGGAUGCCAUAAGGCAGAGGAAGAAUGGACAUGGCACCAUUCUACAUGUAUAAAAAUAUUAUAAUGUAUUUAAAUAGAUAUGAAUCCCGAAUGCUGAUUGGCUGAUGCCGUGAUAUUGGACAGGGUAUACCACGAGUAGAGCCAGGUUAGGAGGUUCCAGAGAAGCUUCUACAAACUGGACACUCCUGAGCCUCGCCUUCCCAGCAUAUGUACAAACAACUGACCCAAUAAUCGUGGAACUAUUAAAACGAAUAUGAAGAUUCGUUAUAUAUUUAAAACGAAGAACGUAUUCUAACUUAAAAAUGUAAGGCACCUGAAAAUUCGAGACCAUAUUAUAGGGCUGUUGUUACUUUUCCAAACGUCUAUAAAAUAUAUGAAUAUAGUAACAACUAUACGGCACCAGCUGAUACACAUUGCCAUAUGCCUAAUAGUUUCUAUGUUUUUUUAUUAUUAUUAUUGUUGCGUUUAUUUAAAAAAGAAUAAUAAUCACCGUCGUAAGACCAGGCCGACAAGAAUAUCAGAAUUUAAAGUCCUGUCCGGUCAUGAUCGGGUUCGGGCUGAGAAUGAACACGUGUGUACGAACAAAUCUGAUCUUAAAACGAUAGUACCAUCAUUUCACCGACUGUUCGGAGACCGUGUUAAGUAAAAAAAUAAGAUAAUGCUUGAUUCGCAAUAAGACCGAUCGUUAUUAUAACAUUCGUAGCAGCCUCAGUAACAACAACCACAAUUAUAUGAAUGAUAAUAGAGGAAUAACACAGAAACGUACCACAAUAUUAAAUAUUGUAUCAUACCGUAUUAAUGUAUAAUAAUAAUACAUUAUAUUUGAAGGAUGACCAUGGGUAAAGAAAUGUGCGUCCCCGGCUUCCCCCAAAUAGUCCGUGGAGUUUGUAACUCGGAGGCGUGGUCAAUCGCCUUUAUGACGUCAUAGUUAGGCACAAUAGACUGGGUAUAAAUAGGGGCAGCUCGGUUAUUAUGCCAUUAUUAUUCAGUUGCAAGUGGAACGCAGAUACACUGUAGCCAUCGAAGUUUACUAUGGAGAAUCAAAAGGUAAGUCUAUACAUAAUAUGCUAUAAGAGGUAGAAUCCCAAAGCAGCAUUGAUUCUGAUUAUGGCUGGGGUCUAUGCAAGGUGCCAAAAUAAGCAACCUAUUAUUUUUAAAUCUUUCUCAAAACAUGUUGAUGGAGAAAUCCCGACGUACCUGGCCGCUAACAUUCUCUUUAAUUUCCUGGUUGCAUUUAUUGCUCCCUUUUCCUUAUAUGAUUUGCUAUCUACGUCCUUACCUUAAUUCCUAACUUCCUUAGUGCCUUUCCUAGUUCCCUUUAUUGCCUUAUUUCAUUUUCUGCUUUCUUAGCUUCAAGUUUCAGUGGGCCAUGCUACAGCUGGAUGUCAUAAGGCAGAGGAAGAAUGGGCAUGGCACCAUUCUACAUGUAUAAAAAUAUUAUAAUGUAUUUAAAUGGUUAUGAAUCCCGAAUGCUGAUUGGCUGAUGCCGUGAUAUUGGACAGGGUAUACCACGAGUAUGACAUAGCUUGUUAAUGAUUUCAUUGUGUUAAUAAAGGGUUUAUAAGCGUCAGGCAUCUCAGUGGUUUGUGAUUAUAUGUUGAAUCCAAACUGUGACCUGAUCCAAUGUAAAACCAGAGGUUUGAAUCCCUCAGCUUACCAGGUGAAAAAGUCUGUUCCUGUGUUAUUGAGCAAGGCACUUGACUCUUCUUGCAUUUGUAUGGUGCUAUGGAUAACAGCAUCUGCUAAAUGACAAAAAUGUAAAUGUAAAAAUUGGAUUAUCAUUAAUAGUAGGCUAAAUGUAGGCUCUGUGAUGUUUGUAGAAAUGUGUUAUUGUGGUGAAAUGUACAACCUAUAGUGUGUCUCUGUGUCUGGAGUUAAGGAGUUAAAUGAAUCAUGCACCCUAGCUUUUCUCAUUCUGAAUGAUCUAUGUCUUUGACUGUAAUACAGCAUAGCAACCUGCAUGCAGCCGGCUGGUUCCUGACCCUACUCAGCCUGUUCGGUGUUGUUUGGCCCAAGGAUGGGAAAGCAGACACCGUUGGAAGUGGUGUGGGACGGCCAGUAGGAGGCGCUCGCUGUGAGGUAAAGAAGGAUCUCCUGCCUCAGACUGAGCAGAGGUUCGAGAACAGAAAGAAAGUCAAGACAAAACGGAUGAAGAGAAACAAAGUGGAGCCAAUCUCAGAGAGAGAUCGAGGUCCGAAGUUAAACUCUCCGUUAACAACAGGUAAUCGACUUGCAUUUAAAGGUCCCUCCACAUCAACAGGAUCACUUGGCAUGGAUGGACCUCAACCCGUACAGUCUGGAAAGAAUGCCCAGACUCAGACCACCAGGACCAAUCAGACCUAUGGGACCAGUCAGACCCGUCAGACCAACGGGACCAGUCAGAACAAUGGGACCAGUCAGACCAAUGGGACCAGUCAGACCCGUCAGACCAACAGGACCAGUCAGACCAAUGGGACCAGUCAGACCCGUCAGACCAAUGGGACCAGUCAGACCAAUGGGACCAGUCAGACCCGUCAGACCAAUGGGACCAGUCAGACCAAUGGGACCAGUCAGACCAUCGGGGCUCCUCAACUCCAAGCCAUCAAUACAGAUUCCUUUAAUUCUGUUAUCAACUGUUUUCUUGAAAAACUAACAGAGGAGCAAUUGAAGCUGUUAAGAGGUGGCAAUAUGGACCCUGUGAUGAAGACAUUACUUGCCAUGGUGAUUUCAGAAAGUGUACUGUUUGCGUCCGAGGCCGUCCUGGAGGUGAUUAUGCCUGCAGUUGAGCGUUUUGUUAAAACACACAGGUCUCGUAACAGUUCGGAGGAAAAGUUAAAACAUGGACAGGCUCACCUCGGUGUCAACAGUACAAAAGCCAACAUAAGCCUGUCAACACAGAGUAUGGACAGGUUACUUACUGAGGAGUUUCACACCAAAGCCUCUGAAACGAUCAGGGAUGUUGUAAGAAGAUUCAUCUAUUGCAUGUCUUGUUGUACUAUACCUCCAUCCACUAUCUCAACACCUAGCUCAAGUCUCACGCAAUCUAUCGGAUCAGCCAGCUCUCCAGCAGAGAGAGAGCAGAUCCUUUCUUGCACUGUUGGUUGUUAUAACCGCAUGAAGAACAGGCUGAAGAGGAUUUUUCCGUGUCUCAUUAAAGAAGAUCUCUCCGGUACAUUUGUGGAGCCCACCACUGAUUCUUCAGCACCGAUUCCAACAUUGAGCCCUGGUCUCUCCUCCCAAAUGUUAAUGCAAGACCAUGUCCUCUUUCACACCGCUAAAGAGAUUGUCAACCAGGUUCUGGCCUUGUCGAAGUCUGUGGUGGAGAAGGACAGCUUAUCUAAUGGAAGGCAUCAUUCCGAAGAGUCCUUUGUCCUCGAUGGAUUUGUGGAUGCCAUCUUGGCUGACUUGAAUGGUUCCAAUAGUUUGGUUGCGUCUGCCAGCAAACAGGGCCUCUCUGGGUUUACUUCUUUGCCAUCUGUAUCCCUAAGUUCUGAGGAGUUUCAAACUAAAGCCUCAACUGCAGUUAAUGGGAUCCUUCAUUCAGGUUUGAUUGACUUUGUAAAUACUACAAGCCUAGAUGGUAGAAGUGAGGAGUUUUUGAACAGAACAAGUAUUGAUAGUGAUAGAGAUGUCCAAAGAUUCCAAAAGACUAGAACUGAAUCUUUAUCCACCUCUUCUCACACCAGAGCUGUAGCCUCUGAAAUAGUAAAAAACAUUUCUAAAAACUUUGAAAGCUUUGCCCUAAUGACUCAGGCGUCUGACACCGCAAUGUCUGGUCAGUUAGAGAAUUCCUUGUUCGCUUCAAGCCUUCCUUCCACUGUGCUUGAUAGAGUCAACAUGAAAGGAAAAGAAAUGCAUGCACACACUUUUUUGCUGCUCAACACUGUGUUCACCAAGGUCAAAGAUUUUUUUGUCAAGCAACAACCAGUCCUCAUAGCAAAUGUUGCUGAAGCUCCAAAACACCAUGAAUCUCUUAGCAGAAUAGCCACUCCCAUACAUGUGUCAGGUACUGAACAACCCACCAGCCAGUCCUGCAUUGAGCGGAAUUGCAGAGCCAUUGUAAUUGAGACAUUGAAGUGUAUCCAGGACAGAAUGACCAAGUCAGAGAGGUCGAGGACCUCAGCAGAAGGCCUACUGACUUGCUCCAUCGUGCGCUGCAUGUUGGAGGAGCUUGAUGGGAUGAGUCGGGACCGUAAUGUUGGAACAAGCCAGGCAUCUUCAGGCAGGCAGUCUUCCCGCUUCAUCAGCUCUUCCAAAUCCAGAGCAUCCCAGUAUGAAGAGGUUAGGAAUUCUGUACCAGGCACUCCAAUCCCAAAUGAGUUGCCUGUUGAAAGUGACUGCCCUAUCAUUAGGAGCUCGGACAGUGACAUGGGUAAGUCCAAAACCAAACCAGUGCCACCAAACGAGUUAAGACAAACAAUCACUGCAAUAGUUAACACAGUUAUGGAGAUCGUUCAAAGACAACAAAAUGAUGAGAAGGACAAUGCAACACUCAGUUCCAGUCUUCGCUACUUUUCACGUGAGCUCACGGACAAAGUUUAUGAACUCAUAAACAGUCACAACAGACCCCAGGAACUUGUUGUGCCUGCCAGGAAGGCAGUGACUGAUUCAAAUCUUUUGAAGCUGACGACCGGAUUGGAAACUACUCAAAAAGCCUGGGAGACUGAGCUGGUGAACUCCUUUACUAGGGAGUCAGUAAGACAUCUGCUAGAGGAUCAGAUCUUGUGGCAUCCUCCACAGCCUCAACUAUCAGGUGCCAGCCAAACUAUUGCCUCUGAUGCUUCUGACAAGGCCUUGGUGAAAUCAUUAACCAGGGAACUACAGAACAAAUGCAAUGAGACCAGCUCUUCACCUCCCUCUGCGACCAAGAAGUCCUCAGACACGGCACUUGGCAGUGACAAGACCAACCCAGUUAGGCUUUGGGCCGGUGAAGAGGAAAAGAGAACAGCAUUCUGUAUUCGGUUUCCACUCUUCUCAAAGCAUUCGAAGAAGGUCCACUGUCCUACCCAGAACCGGAACCCUGCUGUCAGUAAACAAGCAAUUGUCAACGAUGAAAACACAGGAAAAACUGAGAAUGUUUCCUCCACCAAGAAGAAAUCAAAGAAGAAAUCAAGGAAGCAGUUCUUUGCAGAGGCAUUUUCAGAUGUCAGAAAUGCCAUUUCCAGUGUCUUUGCCUCUUGCAGUGGGUCUACCUGACCUGAUUAUUAAUAAUAUAAAAAAUAUUAUUAAUUUCA